AUGCAGUUUGCAAAUGAGAUAAUUUCCCAAGUGUUUCAGAACUACUACAAGGACUGUGAGGAUGCUGUUGACAAGCAGAUCAACCUGGAGCUCUAUUCCUCCUAUGUUUACCUCUCCAUGUCUUUUUACUUUGACCGGGAUGAUGUUGCCCUGCGUCACUUUGCUGAGUUCUUCAAGGAGCAAUCACAUGAGGAAUGGGAACACGCUGAGAAACUGAUGAAAUUCCAGAAUAAAUAUGGAGGCCGGAUCAUCCUGGAGGGCAUCAAGUUUUUGAAAGGGGAUGAGUGGAGCAAUGGUCUGGAGGCAAUGCAGAGAGCUCUGCAGAUGGAGAAGAAUGUGAACCAGAGUCUGCUGGAUCUGCACAAACUCUCCUCUGGGAACACUGACCCUCAUUUUUAUGACUGCCUGGAGACUCAUUACUUGGAUGAGCAAGUAAAGAUGAUGAUGAAGCUUGGAGAUCACAUCACCAACCUGAAGAGACUGGGAGCCCCUGAGAAUGGCAUGGGAGAGUACCUGUUUGACAAGCUCACCCUGGGGGAGAGUGGCUGA